GGUGGGAAGUGACACAGCCAAGAUGUCUGUGGCCAACGGCGACGACUCUCUCUACCUCAUUGCCACGCUCUUAGACGAGCUCCGCAACGAGGAUGUUCAGCUACGCCUGAAUAGCUUCAAGAAGCUGUCCAUCAUCGCCUUGGCCCUGGGGGCUGAAAGGACCCGCAGCGAGCUCCUGCCGUUCCUCACAGACACCAUCUACUACGAGGACGAGGUCCUUGUGGCCCUGGCAGAGCAGCUGGGGACCUUCACCAUGCUAGUGGGCGGCCCAGAGUAUGUGCACUGCCUGCUGCCUCCGCUGGAGUCCCUGGCCACGGUGGAGGAGACGGUGGUGCGGGACAAGGCGGUGGAGUCCUUGCGGGUCAUCUCCCAGGACCACUCUCCCUCGGACCUGGAGGCCCACUUCGUGCCAUUGCUGAAGCGGCUGGCAGGCGGAGACUGGUUCACCUCCCGCAACUCAGCCUGCGGCCUCUUCUCGGUCUGCUACCCACGAGUGUCUGGUGCUGUGAAGGCAGAGCUUGGACAGUACUUCCGGAACUUGUGUUCAGACGACACCCCCAUAGUGCGGAGGGCCGCCGCCUCCAAGCUGGGAGAGUUCGCCCAGGCGCUGGAGCUGAAUUACGUCAAGGAGGAGCUCAUCCCACUGUUCUGCAGCAUCGCCUCUGACAAGCAGGACUCCGUGCGCCUGCUGGCAGUGAAGACUUGCGUGCACAUAGCCCAGCUCCUGUCGCAGGAGGACAUGGAGACUUUGCUGAUGCCUGCACUGAGCCAGAUUGCCGAGGACAAGUCCUGGCGCGUCCGCUACAUGGUGGCCGAUAAGUUCACAGAGCUCCAAAAAGCAGUGGGGUCUGAGAUCACCAAGACAGACCUGGUCCCUGUCUUCCAGAACCUGAUGAAUGACUGUGAGGCUGAGGUGAGGGCUGCAGCUUCCCAGAAGGUCAAAGAGUUCUGUGAAAAUCUCCCAGCUGACUGCAGGGAGAAUGUGGUCAUGACUCAGAUAUUGCCCUGCAUUAAAGAACUGGCAUCAGACACCAACCAUCACGUGAAGUCAGCCCUGGCCUCGGUCAUCAUGGGCCUAUCACCCAUCUUGGGCAAAGACAACACCAUCGAGCACCUGUUGCCCCUGUUCCUGGCUCAGCUGAAGGAUGAGUGCCCUGAGGUGCGACUCAACAUCAUCUCCAACCUGAACUGUGUGAACCAAGUGAUCGGCAUCCAACAGCUCUCCCAGUCCCUGCUCCCAGCCAUUGUGGAACUGGCUGAAGAUGCCAAGUGGCGGGUGCGGUUGGCCAUCGUUGAGUACAUCCCCCUGCUGGCUGGGCAGCUGGGAGUGGAAUUCUUUGAUGAGAAACUCAACUCGUUGUGCAUGGCCUGGCUCAUGGAUCAUGUCUAUGCUAUUCGUGAAGCAGCCACUAGCAACCUGAAGAAGUUGGUGGAGAAGUUUGGGAAAGAGUGGGCCUGUGCUACUAUCAUCCCCAAGGUCUUGGCCAUGUCUAGAGACCCGAACUACCUGUACCGCAUGACGACACUGUUCUGCGUCAAUGUGCUAUCGGAAGUCUGUGGGCAGGACAUCACCACUAAACUCAUGCUGCCUACAGUCCUCAGUAUGGCUGGGGACCCAGUUGCCAACAUCCGCUUCAAUGUGGCCAAGUCCCUCCAGAAGAUUGGCCCCAUCCUGGAUAACAGCACACUUCAGAGCAAAGUCAGGCCCAUCCUGGAGAAGCUGACCCAGGACCAGGAUGUGGAUGUCAAGUACUUUUCCCAGGAGGCUCUGACUGUUCUGUCUUCUACCUGAUGCCAGAAGAGGAACCACUGCUAACCUCUGGUGUCCACCCUUUGAUCCCAACAAAUACCUCCCUGGGGAGUCAGUGGGGGUCAUAGACAGCAGCUCUUUGUGCAUGGUCUGACCCUAGAUCCCUCUCCCCAGCAAAGUUCCUUCUCACCCAGCCUGAGAAGACUUUUCACUGUUCACUAGGGGAGUACAGGUGGGACAGGGCAGCAGCCUUGAGAGGAAGGGGCCUCCCUGCAUGCUGAGGAAGAGAUGUUUCCCAGGUCACUGGCUCCUGACGCUGUUUUGGGAAGCCCCCCUCUUGUGUCCUCUUCCCUUACUCUCAUU